CUGUCUGCACGUUGCCCAUAUGCUCCAAAUUCAGUUUUUCAUUCCUCAUGGAGAAAACUGCAAUUUUAGAGAGAGAGAGAGAGUCGAUUGAAUUCUUAAGUCUCUCGUCCUCGUAGAAUCCGGUUGUGAUCAGAGAAUCACCGUCGUCCUGGUCUCCUUUUGGCAAUUUGAUUGGUUUUUCUUUCGGGUUUCGAACUUUUUAAUUUUUUUUAACGGUAUGUUUUCGAUUUUCUCGGAUUCGGUCUGGUUAGGGAAGUGAGAUAGAUUUGUGUAUUGCGAAGAUAAUUCUAGGGUUUCGGGAGUUUCAGAGAGGUUGGCCUUCGGUUUCUUCUUGUGGGUUGUGCUGUUUUUCGUCUUCAGGUGUCUACGGUGUUGUUUGGUUGGACAGAAAGUGUUCAUUGCUCGUUGGAAAACUUUCUAGGAAUUCACGAAAGUUAUUGGGGUCCGUUAGAAAAUCGGUGGUCUAAGCUAGGAAGUGUUCAUUCUGGAGGGGGGGUUCCUUUCUCUCUGGAACUUCUCCUCCAAUGGCGUUUGGGUCUGAGAACGGGAGCGAGACUAAGAUGGAGGGUUGGUUGUAUAUAAUUAGUUCAAACCGAUUCAUAUUGCAAUUCUCGAGAAAACGCUACUUUGUUCUCGAAGAUCAUCUCCUGAAGAGUUUCAAGUCAGCUUCCGAUUCAAAAACUAAGGGUGCUGGAAGAAGUGCAGUUAUAGAUUCUUGUAUCCGGGUCAUUGACAACGGAAGGGAAAGUGUUCAUAGAAAAGUAUUCUUUAUAUUCACACUAUACAAUACUUCUAAUCACAAUGAUCAACUCAAGCUGGGAGCAAGCAGUCCUGAGGAAGCAGCCAAGUGGAUCAAUUCCAUUAAAGAUGCAACUUUAAAGGGUACACCUUUCCCGGGAGACGUUUUUAGUUGUUCCAGGAGCCGAUGGGAUUCAUUGAGGAAAUACAUAUUGAGUAGUUCAGUUCGGGACUAUCACUCAAAUUCUAUUGACUGGACGAUCCGUUCAUCUGCACGAGUGGACCCCAUUGCGAAUGAUGUUAUUGCUCCUUCCCCUUGGACUAUAUUCGGUUGUCAAAAUGGGCUUCGGCUUUUUAAAGAGGCAAAAGAGAGAGAUUCACAUGGAAGGUGGGAUGAUCAUCCAGCUAUCAUGGCUGUUGGGAUUGUUGAUGGAACAUCUGAAGCUAUUUUCGAAACACUUAUGUCUCUUGGAAACUCAAGAUCAGAAUGGGACUUCUGUUUUUACAAGGGCAGUGUGGUCGAGCAUCUUGAUGGCCAUACCGAUAUAAUUCACAAAAAGUUAUAUAGCGACUGGUUACCUUGGGGUAUGCAAAGAAGAGAUCUUUUGCUGCGUCGUUACUGGAGACGGGAAGACGAUGGAACUUAUGUUAUUCUCUACCAUUCUGUCUUUCACAAGAAGUGUCCGUCUCAGAAAGGCUAUAUCCGUGCGUGCCUUAAAAGUGGUGGUUAUGUGAUAUCUCCUGUUAAAAAUGGAAAGCAAUCAGUUGUGAAGCAUAUGCUUGCUGUUGAUUGGAAGUCCUGGAGAUCUUAUCUGAAACCGUCCUUAGCUAGAUCAAUAACUGUACGAAUGCUCGGAAGAAUUUCUGCCCUGAGAGAACUGUUCAGGGCAAAACACGGAAGCUUUCCUACUUCAGUUCUUUCAUCAGGUGAGUUAUCAAGAAGCUUAAGGUUGAACUCGAACCUAGAAGAUGGUGCCAUUGGUAGUUCUUCUCAUAAAGAGAGUGGAAGGUUUAAGGAGAUCACAAAUGAAGAGAUGGAUAAGCUUCCCUCAGAACACUCUAGCCUUGUGGACUUGAAUGAUUCCGCAGAUGAGUUUUUUGAUGUUCCUGAGCCAUCAGAUAAUGAUUAUUCUGAUGACAGCUGGACCUCAGAUUUCGAUUUGGAUACAUGCUGUCCGGAAUCCCAUCACCCAAAACUAACGGGCGCUGCGAGUUUAGUGAAAAAGUUGCAUGAUCUUGCUGUUCAGAAGAGAGGCUAUGUGGAACUGCAUGAAAUGACGAGGGAAGAGAGUAGUAUGCCUUGCUGCUAUGGCACCACCCUUCCGAAUGACCUGACUUGCAGUGUGCCUUGUAGUUGGACAGAAACUGACCCUUCAACUUUUCUUAUUCGAGGAAAUACUUAUCUUGAAGACAGGAAGAAGGUCAAGGCAAAGGGCACACUGCUGAAAAUGGUGGCAGCAGACUGGUUAAAGUCUGACAAACGGGAGGAUGAUCUCGGGAGCCAUCCAGGAGGCAUAGUCCAGAAAUAUGCUGCACAAGGUGGACCUGAGUUCUUCUUUAUAGUGAAUAUACAGGUUCCUGGUUCAACAACGUAUAGUCUCGUGCUUUAUUACAUGAUGAGCGCUCCCAUCGAAGAGCAUCCAUUGCUAUAUAGCUUUGUGAAUGGGGAUGAUGCAUACAGAAACUCUAGGUUCAAGCUCAUUCCUUACAUAUCCAAGGGCUCUUGGAUAGUUAAACAGAGUGUUGGAAAGAAAGCAUGCCUCAUUGGUCAGGCCUUGGAGUUGAAUUACUUUCGGGGCAAGAACUAUAUUGAGCUCGGGGUUGAUAUUGGAUCCUCAACUGUUGCAAGAGGAGUUGUGAGCCUUGUUCUUGGUUACCUGAACAAUCUCGUGAUUGAAAUGGCAUUCUUGGUACAGGCAAAUACCGAAGAGGAGCUCCCGGAGUAUCUUCUCGGGACUUGUCGAUUAAACCAUCUUGAUGCUUCCAAAUCAGUACCAAUUAAUCCGUAGAUUGAAUCUCCCUACCAAAUCCGAGCAAAAUCAAAGCUCGGUUUAGUAUUCUUUCGAUCUAUUGAGUACGAAAAUCGACUCUACCUUGUGGUUAUCGGUUUAGGUUAUGGCCAAGUAUAGAUCGUCAUUCUUCCACUUAGCACCCAAAACGCUUGUAAGUAAUAUAGGAACUCAGUUAUCGUACUCCGUUUUAUGACAUCUCCAUUGUAUGGCUCAUGCUUCUUCUUCGGGUUACCCUUCCAAAUCAGCCGGCUUACUUUGGUACACCGCAUCAA